AGAGACGGGGUUAUGUGAUGGUGUUUUCCUCCUGCAUGUUUCAGUGAGGGAGAGGGAGUGUGAUGGUGGUGUUUUCCUCUUGCAUGCAUCAGUAAGAUGUGAAGAUGGCGGAGCUGCAGAUGCUGUUGGAAGAGGAGAUUCCUGCUGGUCGAGGAGCUCUGCUGGACAGCUACGCCAACCUAGAGAGAGUCGCCGAGUACUGCGAGAGCAACUACAUACAGUCUCCAGAUAAGCACAGAGCUUUAGAAGAAACCAAAAGCUACACCACUCAGUCUUUGGCCAGUGUAGCGUAUCUGAUCAACACUCUUGCCAACAAUGUGCUCCAGAUGCUGGAUAUACAGGCGUCCCAGCUACGCCGCAUGGAGUCGUCCAUCAACCACAUCUCACAGACGGUGGACAUCCAUAAAGAGAAGGUGGCCAGGCGAGAGAUUGGCAUCCUCACCACCAAUAAGAACACUUCCCGCACGCACAAGAUCAUCGCACCAGCCAAUCCCGAGAGGCCUGUACGCUACAUCCGCAAACCCAUUGACUACAGUUUGCUGGAUGAUGUAGGCCACGGCGUAAAGUGGUUACUAAGGUUUAAGGUCAACGCUCAGAAUAUGAAGGCAGGUACGACUCCUCGCACAGCUGCGCCGACUCAGAAACCACCCAGCCCUCCUGGCCCAGGCAAAGGAACACUGGGGCGGCACUCCCCUUACCGGACACUUGAGCCUGUGCGUCCACCCGUCGUCCCUAACGACUAUGUGCAGAGUCCAACACGCAACACCGCACCACCCCUGCAGAGCCCGGCUAGAACUGCAUCCGUUAAUCAGAGGACCCGCACGUACAGCAGUGGCAGCAGCGGUGGCAGUCAUCCCAGCAGUCGCAGCAGCAGCAGAGAGAACAGUGGCAGUGGAAGUGUGGGCGUGCCCAUCGCCGUGCCAACUCCUGCCCCGCCCACGGCCUUUCCCGGUACAGCACCCGCCCCUCCCAACCCUCCGAAACCCCCUCCAAGCGUUACUAUCCCUGCCCCUCCCGUACCCCCGCCACCACCCACCCCAGAGCCAGUGCCCCCCGCCCCUGCCCCUCCUCCCCCCACCCUGCCAGCAGAGGGCCCUCCUGAGAUACCACCACCCCCACAGCUGCCCCCCAACCUUCCUGUUAGCACCAACACCAACCCUGCUGCUGCAACUAGCACCCCUGCUCAAGGCAACGGACCUCACUUUUACAGUAUGAACCGGCCAAUGACGCGGCACCCCACGCCCUCUGUGGGAGGUUCCCUGCCCUAUCGCCGGCCGUCAUCAGUUACUGGACAGCCCAACAACAUGCCUCAAAACACUAAUCCAAACAUGAUCCAAAACCAGCUCAAUGGAGGGCCACACUACAACCUAAACCAAGCCCCUAUGGCCCCUCCACCCCCCUCUAUUCUCCAGAUCACCCCCCAGCUACCACUCAUGGGCUUUGUGGCUCGGGUUCAGGAGACCAUCACAGACGCACCUCCACCACCGCCCCCUGCAGAAGAGGAGGAGUUUGAGGAGGCAACCCCACCCCCGCCGCCUCCAGAGGACUAUGAGGAUGAGGAGGGUGAUGAUGAGGAAGAGUCAGCAGUGGUGGAGUACAGUGACCCUUACGCUGAAGAAGACCCGCCAUGGGCGCCUCGCAGUUACCUGGAGAAAGUGGUGGCGAUUUACGACUACGCGCGCGACAAAGAGGACGAGCUCUCCUUCCAGGAGGGGGCGAUCAUUUACGUCAUCAAGAAGAACGACGACGGCUGGUACGAGGGUGUGAUGUGCGGCACCACGGGCCUCUUCCCGGGGAACUACGUGGAGUCCAUCAUGCAUUACGCUGACUGAGCCACUGCUCCUCUGCCCAUCAUCUUCCUCAUUCAGACACACGGAGUUCAGCUACACUACGUCAUGCACAGGCUUGUUCAAAACAAACCAACCGAGAGCUGCAGGAAAAACGAAGGCGUCGUGACCAGUGGCGAAGAUACGAAUGGGAGAAAAACUGUUGAAAUGUGUAAGAUAAAUGCGUUAGGAACUUUUAUUCAUCUCUUAAUUUCAAUCUCUUAGAAACAUGUAUCAGAAAAGUGUUGGUUUGCUUGACUUGUGUUGAUGGUGAUCGCUUUGCUUUCGCUCCUAUCCGUCUGUAUUCUGAAGAAGGACAGUCAUCCUCUUUCAUGUCAUCACGAAAUUGAAAGACGGCCACCUUGGACGUGCACGUUCCUUUUACAUCACCUGCUGUCACUGACCAGCAAAUGAGAGAGACGCUUUUGCCAAGAAUGACAGAACAGGGAUUUUAUGCAUUGUGGUGCCAGGUCAUAUAGAAACACUUCGAUACAGGUGGGCUUUUUUUUUUUUUUCUUUAGUUUGUCAUUGUGUUGGAAGUUGAAUUUCUUUUUUGUUUUGUUAUAUUUUGAGUGCAGUUCAUUUUGAAGUCUUCAGCAGGAGGACAUACCAAAGGAUUUCAGUGGCGUUUGGGAUCACCAACGGGACCGGCUACAACCUUAAAAUACUUUUCUCGCCAUUCCUUUACGUUCGUUACUUUCCGACAAGAUUUUAUUGCUUGAAAUAUUUGCAAGUAUGUGUAUUCUUUGUAUGUAUGAUAAAAAAAAAACACUAUAAAUUCGUUCAGGAAGUUUGUGCCAUAAAGAUACGUUGGUAGAUGGUCAUAUUUUUGGACGCGAGAGGUCGUUUCUUGAGUCUCAGCACCGGAUGUGGUGUUCUUCAGGAAGAAAAUGUGUAUUGUGUGAUCUUUAACCUCCGAUUCAUCCCUCUUGACCAACUGUGGACUUAAAGAUACAAGACUAUUCUAUAUGUAUGUUAUAUAUUGAUUUAUAUUAUAGAAAUACUAUUGUGUUGGUGUAUGACUGGUGUAGAGACAAGAGAACCCCAUUUAUCUGCAAUAACAAAGGCACAGUUAGAAAGCCCUCAGUCGACGAGCUAGAGAUUUUUUUAAAGCACAAGAGAUAAACGUGAUCUUAGGGAGACCUUACAAAAUGUGAAGAACAGACUUUUUUUCUUUUUUGAUGAAGAGAUAUUAAACCGAAACCAGCCCAAGUUUUAAAGCAUCCUCAUAUACCCACAUGCAGAUAAUGUGGAACAAACUGUACCAAUGCACAGAGACUUUUUCUAUAAAGUACUUUGAUGUCUAUAUGUAAGUGUGAGUGUGUAUGUGAGCGUGAAAUGGAUCGAUUUCAUUGUUUAUGGAUCAUUGGUGACUGACUUGCUUGUCUGUGUGCAAAUCUUUAUUUGAAAUGAAAGGUCUGUGGUGAGGGUGUGUGAAUUGAGUCUUGCAUGUUGAUCAUUUCUGUGAUUUUCCUGCUGAUGGAGAAUAAACUGGAUAUAUCUGGUC